GAUGCUAUACAUAUGUAUAGUUUAGCAGACAGCUACUCUAAAUAGAAUAUUAUAUAUGUUGAACAAUGAUGACUAAACUGUUCAAAAGUUUAACGCAAACUUUAUUAAAAGUGGAAGAUGCCGUUAUAACGGCUAUAUUGCGUAAAUUUCAACCCGGUCUGUGUAUAGCUCAACUAGAUUCGAUAGAUAAACCAAACUCCAGUAUAUCUGUAAAAGAUAUUUGGAAAGAUGGAUUUCUUUGGGGAGUUCCAAAGCACAGAAGAUCUAUCGAAAAACGAUUAUCACGGAAGUUCGGUUGGCCAAAGUAUAAUUGGAAGCCACUUGUACCAAAAACUAAUUUAUUAAUGUGCAGGGCAUGUGGACAUUAUUAUGAAGCACAUACUAUUUGUGGAACUUGUUACAAGAAGGUUAAAGAAGAAACUUUAGAAAUUCAGAAAGCUAUGGAACAGGAACUCAAACUUGAUCCUGUGAAAGACGAUAUUGUUGUAUUGUACGAGGGAGAAAGAGAACAGAAACCUGCAGAAUUUUGGAAAGGUCAACGUAUAGUUGAAUUGCCUAAAAAGCGUCCAGCAUGGUUCCAUCCAAAUUUACUAGAACCAACCACUCAACCACUUUCAGAUAGUACAGAAGUUAAACCAAAUGACUUAGCAUAAAAUACAUUUUUUAUUGCAAUUUCCAUUGUUAUAACAAAUAGAAAAUAAAUACUUAUAAUAUAAAUUCAUUCGUAGUCACAUUUCCAACAAUUCAUUACAAAAUGU